AUGGAUCCGUUUCUGAAAAGAAAAUCUCCAUCAACAGAUGAAACUGACUUGGAUGACUUGUCGUAUGAUCCGUUUCUAAAUACUUCAAUCGAUGCUUCUAGAUACUUAUUGAGACAAGGUUUGCCGUUUUGUGGUCAUGAUGAGACAAGAGAUUCUAGUAACCAAGGGAAUUUUUUGGAAUUAUUGAAGUAUACGAGUGAACAGAAUGAAGCUGUGAAUAAGGUUAUCCUGCAGAAUGCUCCUGGAAAUAACCAAAUGGUAUCUCAUAUAAUUCAGAAAGAUAUUGUUAACUGCUUUUCAGAAGAAGUAGUUAAUUCCAUAAUUCAAGAGAUCGAUAAUGAUGUGUUUGCGCUGUUGGUGGAUGAAUCUGCUGAUUGUUCUAAGAAAGAGCAGAUGGCUAUAGUUUUUCGUUUUGUUGAUAAACAUGGUAUAGUGAAAGAGAGAUUUGUUGGUCUUGUCCAUGUAAAGGAAACAUCUUCUUCAUCUCUGAAAUCUGGAAUUGAUUCAUUGUUUGCUAAAUAUAGUCUGAGUCUGAAAAAGGUGAGAGGACAAUGCUAUGAUGGAGCAGGAAAUAUGAGGGGUAAACUGAAUGGGCUGAGAACAUUGAUUUCAAGAGAAAGUAGUUCUGCGUACUAUGUGCACUGUUUUGCCCACCAACUUCAAUUGGUUGUUGUUGCAGUUGCGAAGAAACAUUUGGAAGUUGAAAAUUUCUUUGAUAAGAUUUUUGUGCUAGUGAACGUAGUUGUAGCUUCUUGUAAAAGAAAAGACAAGAUGAAAGAAAUUCACUGGGAUACAAUUGAAAAAGGAGUAAGUAGUGGUGAAAUCAAGACUGGAAAAGGACUUAAUCAAGAGUCUUCACUUCCAAGACCAGGAAAUACACGUUGA